UAGAAAAUCCAAAACAUCAAAAACAUGUUUUACUUUUCUGUUUACAUUGCUACAAUAAGUGGAAUGAGGAACUUAUGUCCACUAAAAUAAAAUUAUUUUUUCAUAAUGUUUCAUAGAUCAGAAAACAUCUUCUCACCACAAAAAUUGUUUCGAAGCGAUGAUAUUGAAGACGAGCUCACUGAACUGUUCAAUAAGAAAUAUAAAUUCGAAAAGAACUACGAGUGGGAGCUACCUAAACAAGAGACGUGGUUUACUGUUCCUCCUUGGAAAGUUAGAUCACUAGAAACAUUAAAAUCCAGACUUAAUUUUCACAAGAGUCAACUCAAUGAUUUCAGUAUUGAAGAAUGGAGUAGUCACACUAGAAGACGAAACCCGGCCGGAGAAGUCGGGUGGAAGAUUCGCUGCGUAAUUAAUCCGGAGUUUUUGACUCAAGCUUGGACGAAAUUUUACGAAUGCGCCAGCACCUACAACAUCAUCCCUCGCGAUGCUGUUACUUCUAAAAAUAUGGUGUCUCUCCAUCUUUGCGAGGCGCCCGGAGCCUUCAUAACGUCUUUAAACCACUUCCUCAAGCAGAACCAUCGAGAUAUACAAUGGAAAUGGAUGGCAAACACACUUAAUCCAUAUUAUGAGGGUAAUUCUCCAUCAAACAUGAUUAGUGAUGACCGGUUCAUGUUCCACACUCUGGACAACUGGGACUUUGGUGUGGACAACACGGGAAACCUCAUGAGUUGGGAAAAUUCUCAGGCCAUAAUCAGAAGGGCCAAAAGCCUAGGGGAGGUAUUACUUGUGACUGCAGAUGGUUCCAUAGACUGUUUACAACGACCUGACGCCCAAGAGGAACUUACAUCACCACUUCACUACUGCGAAAUUAUAACUGCUUUGCAGGCACUGAGUCCAGGUGGGACAUUGAUAUUCAAAUUAUUCACAAUAUUCGAAAAUUCCACUGUGUGCUUACUUUACCUGCUCAAUCAUCUAUUCAAAGAAGUAAAUAUUUACAAACCUGCAACUUCACGUCAAGGAAAUUCUGAGGUGUAUGCUGUAUGUCUUCAGUACCAGGACAGAGUCAACCUUGACAUGUUUAUACCAGUAUUAAAAAACUCAUACGGCACCGACAUGUACAGUCAGCGAGCACUGUUCCCUUUGGAAUUGAUCCCAGAAUCAUUCUUGAAACAAAUAGAGGAGUGCGCCUUGUACUUCUGCUCAUUACAGUGCAAGGUGAUCAACAAUAAUCUUCAGGCCUACAUCAUGCAGAAAAACAUGGCACUACACAGAUACAUAAAGAAGAUAAGAGGCACAGUCGCAUCCGAGUUUAUUUGGAAAUACAAUCUCAAACCUCUCGAAUAUGAACAUGAGAUACUCAAGGGUAUUCUUCAUGAGGAAAACAAAAUAAACACAAAUCCGAGGUACCACCGGGGAUCCUACACGGAGAGACAGCUCUACUCAAAGAUGUCAUUGAAAGAAAAGUCAAAGAGUUUGAAUGCUUUCCUCCAGGCUGAACUCUUAUCAAAUCCAUUGACUUUGAUCAAUGAAGUCAGAUGGAUAUACGCAGAUUCUGCUUCCAAAAUUGAUCUGGUGUAUAUAUAUGGCUAUCCACUGCAGAGGAUCAACAGCUCAAAGUUUAUCCUCGUACCUAUAUUCAAAGUUUACCAACAGAUAUUGGCCGAGGAGGAGUUUAUGGAGAUUUUGAUGUACUACCAAUCUAAAGCUCAAGAAAAUGCUGUACCAGUUACAGGAAAUGACACUGAACCAAAGGUACUAAUGCUACCUUUUUUUAAUGAAAACAAUAAUUACUAUGUAUAUGAAAAGAAUUGUUUCAACUCUCUGCUUAGUUUGUUGAAGCAGUUAGAAGCUGGCAACACCUUGGUGUUGCAGAAUUUUAACACUUUGACUCACUUUAAUGUGGGUAUUCUGUAUAUUCUUGCUAAGGCAUGUUUUGAGAAGACUGGUUUUACAUCAAACGGAAGUAUAAUUCUGAGCAAUUUUUUAGAAAAUUCUGCUAUUGAUCUCCUUGAUAUAAUAAAUUCUGAGUGUGACAGAGUAAGAAAUAAUACAGAAGAAGAUAUUCUGAAUGUUUUGCCAGUUCAGGUCACUAAUGUUGGAGAUUUUUUUAUUAAUAUUGUAUUUUAUAAUAACACUUUCUACAGAAAUAAGUGUGUUGAAUAUCUGUAUACUAUUGAGCAAUCACUCUAAAGUCUAAGCUGUAAGGUUUAACAUUCAUAAAUGUCUACUUUUAUCAAAUAAUAUUUUUAUAAAUGUGUAAGAUUGGUGUAAGCAAGACCUAAACUUUGUAUUAUUUGUUGCC